UCUCCACCAUCAAUUGAGCUUUGCUUCGCGGUGUCACGCCCAUAACCCUGGUUAGGAAAAUCACCCCCUUUAAUAGAUGUCCUCUACUUGAAAGACAUCAUCCACUGCUGGCGUUCAGUCGCAAGGCGCAGAUACAUGAGCCCAAAAGCGUCCCUAAUUCUCUUUCAACAUGAAGUAUAGCGGGCUCUACUUCAUCCCCAACCCCACCACCAACCUCGACACAUCGCUAAACACCGUAAGCACGCUCGUCCAAAGCAUAGAAACAAACUUCCAAAACGCUUCCCGCGAAGCACAAUGGACACUCUCCUACCGAGUCUUCCGCGACACCACCCCGAGAGAUCACACCGCGCCCAAUGACGCGGACGGCAAGCCAAAGCCCUUCGCGCACACCUACCAACACAUACUCCACCACUCGGUCUACGGCCAGAACCGCACAUAUCUCUACACGCAGCCGCCCGGGGACCAAGGCAAGGGUAAAGGCAUAGUCGCAUCGAUACCCUCUCGCCAACAGGAUGCGUAUGCAACACUAGUGCGAUAUCAGCAGGCAGCGCUAUGGACACCGCGGCAUAUUUUAAGCGUACAAGCUGGGACUGCGUAUACGAGUGGCCUGUGUACCAUUUACAUUGGAGAACUGCGCGCGACGCGUGAAGGGCCACAGAGCGGCGGUGUAUCCUCGCCCGCCGUUGUCGUGUGUAUUAGCACGGGUGUUGGUGCCGCGGAUACUGUUGAAGAUAGCCAGGACUCGGGGUAUCAGUCGGUGGAGAACGGUGCGGAUGGGGAUGGAGAUGAAGGGCUGGAUGUCGAGUAUGCGCAGAGUGUCAUUCGGGAUUGUUGGAGUAAGAUCACAGAGGGGCGGGAUCUAGGGCGCUCGGAGAUUAGAGAGGUCAUGAUGGCUCUGGAAGAUGUGAAUAGUGUCCAGGAAAGGGACGCCGCUGUAAGGAUGUGGUGUGAGGUUUUGCGCAUGAGAGGAUGAGUCUUCUGCAGAGUAGUAAAUUUAGCACGACAUCUACAAUGACUUGCGCUGAUGUUGAAGAAGUACAUAUUGGCACUGUCCUGGGCGUCAUAUUGCAAAUACGCUGACGGUCAAUGACCCUAUUUAUUUAAAGUUGGAUCUAGGUCUGUCUACAACCCACUCUGGAAAC